AUGAGGAUAUGUGGGUAUGGUUACUUUGUGCCUGCAGGUCGAGGGACGCCUGUCGUGGUUUGCAGCCCUGCCCGGGAUCGGGAUGUCGUUGUUGGACCCAUGCCAGCGUCGUUCCUGAUACAAGCCAAAUCUCACAAAACUCGUGUGGUCGAGGUCUGGAAAGUACGCUUUGCCGGAAAGGCUUGGCUUUGCAUGGUAUCGAAGUUGCAGGGCUGGUUGGGUCCAGCGACUGGUCCACUACCGCUGACCCAUCAUGGAAAGGCAAUACUCGAUGCGGGAAAUUGUAUAUAUGUGUUCAUCCAGCAAGAGAGUUUAGAGGGAUUACAAGUAGACGGGGGUGGCUUGUCUUGUCUCAUACAGACGCCACUACACCUUAAAGGUGCAGUAUCCGGGGUAAGGCAGUAUGAGGAAUCCUCAAGAAAAGGUUGGAGCAAAAGUAUAAGGAUGAGGGAUCAUCGAUCAGGCAACGUACGCUUGGCUGAUUAUGUAGUAUACAAGAGGGAAAUAGACGAGAAAACUAUCAAUUAUCGAUAA